AUGGUUGACAUGGGUGGUCUGGACAACCUUAUUGCCAACACAGCCUAUCUCCAAGCCCGUAACACAGGAGAUGGAGACACCAAGGAGAUGCAGAGGCGGCGACGCAGCCUGGCACUGCCAACCCCCGAGCAUUGUACAGAACUGCGUCAGCUCUUGCCCCCUCACUUUGAGGCUUUGUGUGAGCAGCAGCCCAUCGGCCGCCGUCUCUUCCAUGACUUUCUGGCCACGGUGCCCAUCUACAAAGAGGCUGUGGACUUCCUCAGUGAGGUGUCCACCUGGGAACUGGCUGAAGAGGAUAGUACCAAGGACAGCACUCUGAAGAAGCUGGUGAAUGCUUGUGCGCAGGCCAGCACCCCAACAGGGCAGCUCCCCUUCCUCAGCCCUGCCCUGGCUGCCAGGUGCCAGGCGGCCUCUGAGAAGGAACACGCAUCCUUAGUGGGGCUGGCCAAGGCAGAGACCAUGGCCUUCCUUCAGAAUCAGCCCUUCCAGGACUUCCAAGCGAGCCCCUUCUUUGACAAGUUUCUGCAGUGGAAAGCCUUUGAACAGCAGCCCAUAACAGAAAAAUAUUUCUAUGAGUUCCGAGUGCUGGGGAAGGGGGGUUUUGGGGAGGUGUGCGCCAUCCAAGUGAAAAACACGGGCAAGAUGUACGCUUGCAAGAAGCUGGACAAGAAGCGGCUAAAGAAGAAAAAGGGGGAACAGAUGGCUCUUUUAGAGAAGGAAAUCCUGGAGAAAGUCAAUAGCCCUUUCAUCGUGACCCUGGCCUAUGCCUUUGAGAGCAAGUCCCACCUGUGCCUGGUCAUGAGCCUGAUGAACGGCGGGGACCUCAAGUACCACAUCUACCAUGUGGGGGAGCGGGGCCUGGCCGCAAACAGGACCGUCUUCUACUCGGCACAGAUCACGUGUGGAAUACUGCACCUCCACUCCCUGGGCAUCGUCUACCGGGACAUGAAGCCCGAGAACGUCCUUCUGGAUGACCGCGGGAACUGUCGGCUGUCCGACCUGGGCCUGGCCGUGCAGAUCCAGGAUGGCAAGCCCAUCACGCAGAGGGCUGGAACCAAUGGUUACAUGGCUCCAGAAAUCCUGAAGGAAGAGGAGAGUUAUUCCUAUCCUGUGGACUGGUUUGCAAUGGGAUGUAGUAUUUACGAAAUGGUGGCUGGGAGAACGCCAUUCAAAGAUUACAAGGAAAAGGUCAGCAAAGAAGAUUUAAAGCAGAGAACCUUGGAACAAGAGGUCAAAUUCCAACACGCAGGCUUCACAGAAGAAGCCAAAGACAUUUGCCGUCUCUUCCUGGCCAAAAAAGCAGAGCAACGCUUAGGAAGCAGAGAAGAAGGGGACGAUCCCAGGAAACACGCUUUCUUCAAAACAAUCAAUUUCCCCCGAUUGGAGGCUGGUCUCGUCGACCCUCCCUUUGUGCCAGACCCCUCGGUGGUGUAUGCCAAAGACAUUGGUGACAUCGAAGACUUCUCUGAGAUCAAGGGGAUAGAAUUUGAUGAAAGAGAUAGAAAGUUCUUUAAAAAAUUUGCCACAGGUGCUGUUCCAAUAGCUUGGCAAGAAGAAAUUAUAGAGACGGGACUGUUUGAGGAACUCAAUGACCCCAAUCGAUUGGGCUGUCCCAAUGGCAGCACUGCCAAGUCUGGGGUGUGUGUGUUACUGUAA